GUGUGUGCUUGCAUGUUUUCAUCAAAUCAAACAAUCAUUCGGAAUUUUUGUUUGCUUGUUGUGAAUUGGAUAAAAGAUUUUUUUUUCUCUGGAUAAAAUUAAGAAGAAUUGGAUAUAAUAGUCAAUAAUAAUGAUUUUUGCAUCAUUGACACGUCUUGUUCAGACGACAAUCCAACAAACGAAUACAAAUUGUCGUAUAUGGCAAGGAAUGUUAUCAUUGGGAACCGUUGGUCUUUCACAUCAAUAUCAACAGCUACGUUUUAAAAGUAAAAUCAAAUUCUGUGGCUAUCUGGAACAUGCUGAAUUUAAAAAACGUGAUAUUCGCUAUCAAACAUCAACAAAACAUGAUCCCAAACGUAUAUCAUGGCAUGAUUAUCAAAUACGAUCAUGGAAAGCACGACAUGGAAAACGUCCAUAUCCAUAUUGGCAAGCAAAAAUGGAUUAUGCUGAAAAUCUUUGCCGUCUAGGAAUGUCCGAUUGGUCAAUCAAUCAGAUAACACAAUUACAUCCACAUUGUAUACAAUAUUUGAAACGUAAAAUUUCUGGAAAUGUUGUCCUAUUACGUGAAGCAGAAUAUUCUAAUUAUGUUAAUCAUCGUACUGGUGAUCGUUAAUAAUGGUCACAUAUAAUCAUUUCAUAAAUUUGUAUUUUUUAAUUAUAUAUAAAAAAGGAUGAUUAAUUAAUUGAACAACAAAUAA